AUGGAGACUAGUGGCUCCCCUCCCAAGAACGUGAAUGUUACUAUUACGUACAUGUAUGCAUUGCAGUGGCCUCAAACAUUUGAACUCUUGAGCGGGAGCGCGCCUAGUAGUAGUACUAGUACUAUACUAGGUGUACCCCCCCUCAACUCUCCAAGUUUGGGACUCAUCGUCUGGGCUAUACUCGACUUGCUUUGGGCCUUCCUCCGCGAUGCGGGCAAAUUGCUUUGGAAGCGGGCCUUUGGUUCCCCAACGAAGACUGUGCCUAGGUUCAGCCCUGAAUCUGCACAGGAAGGUACCAUCGCUCUGCUCGACAAGCUCUCAUCGUGCUGUGUCGUCGACACCAAGUCCUGGAACACACAGGACAAGAGUCCUUUGCCCGAUGACUGGCUCCCCAUCCCCACGAAUAUUAGCAUUCGUUCCGCAUUGUACGGCGAUUCAGUGUACGGCCGCAUUCUCAAAGGCAACGAAGUCUUCUACAACGCGGCCACGCAGUUUGAUUACCACCUUAUUGUCCUCUCCCGGACGCGCCAGCCUGCCAAGGACUCGCCUGCUCAGAGUUCGAGCACGGCAGGAGUCGAAAACAUGCAGUGGUUUCGUGGCCCCAUCCCUUUCAGCUCCCCGUAUCAAUGCGCCAUCGCCUACACGGGAAAGAAGCUGCUCCAACUCUUCCCCGACGGACGAUUAGACUGCUCCGUUUUCCCCGGGGUCGAUCUCAACGUGCUCGCUACAUCGCCGCCGCCUGCGUAUCUGUCGACUCUUCGCUGUCCCGACCAAGGCGGUACAGCAACUACGAGCCGCUCCAGCCCACGGGAGGUCAAUCUUGCGCCGGAGCCGAAUCCUCAGACACCUUCGCCGUAG